UCAAUCUCGCAACCUUAGAGAGAGCAUAUCCUAAAACCAAAGCCUUCCCACAAGGCGAACCCCUUGGGUUAGGCCCACGCCAUUAUCUUCUCUGUACAACUACUCUUAUGAAAAGCUAAUAAGCAACGAACCACAAAACUAUCUCUCUCCUUGGAAACUCAACACUUAUCUCCAACGUCUCUCUGUAUUCAAAAAUGGGUUCUCUCUGUGCCCUGGAAGACGAGCCUUUGCAGUACCCUUUCGCUCGCAGAGACGAGUCCGUUGUCGACGAUUAUCAUGGCGUUCUCAUCUCCGAUCCCUAUCGAUGGUAUUGAAAUAUCGAAAUCAAAUCGAGCCUUAUUAUAUUUGUUAGGCUUGAGAAUCCCGACGCAGAGGAGGUAAAAGAUUUUGUAGAAAAGCAGGUGAAAUUGACAGAAUCAGUGCUGGAGAAGUGUGAUGCGAGGGAAAAGCUUCGAGAGAAGAUUACGAAGCUCUUCGAUCACCCGCGCUAUUGUGCGCCGUUCAGGAGAGGGAAAAAGUACUUUUACUUCCAUAACUCUGGUCUUCAACCCCAAAGUGUCCUCUUCAUGCAGGAUAGUUUGGAUGGAGAACCAGAGGUUUUGUUUGAUCCGAAUGGACUUAGCAAGGAUGGAACGGUUUCAAUGAGAAUUUGUGCUGUUAGCCAAGAUGCUAAGUACUUGGCAUAUGGACUUAGCUCAAGUGGAAGUGAUUGGAUCACUAUCAAAGUUAUGCAAAUUGAAAAUAAGACAAUCGAGCCUGAUAUUGUGUCAUGGGUUAAGUUUUCAUGUGCUAGUUGGACCCAUGAUAGCAAAGGUUUUUUCUAUAGCCGAUACCCAGCUCCCAAGGAGAGUGAAAAUUUGGAUGCUGGGACUGAGACCAGUGCUAACUUGAACCAGGAGGUUUACUAUCAUUUCUUGGGUACUAAUCAAUCUGAAGAUAUUUUAUGUUGGAGAGAUCCUGAAAAUCCAAAGCACAAAUUUUGCCAUUGUGUAACAGAUGAUGGAAAGUAUCUUCUUCUGACCAUUACGGAGAGUUGCAAACCAGUUAAUAAAGUUUAUUACUAUGACAUAUCUGCAAUUGUUAAUGGGCUUGAACAUCACAGGGGAAGAAAGGACCUACUUCCCUUUGUUAACCUUAUCGACAAUUUUGAUGCAGAGUAUGAUGCUAUUGCAAAUGACAAUACCCUCUUUACCUUUCGGACUAAUAAGGAUGCUCCAAAAUACAAGUUAGUCCGAGUAGAUCUCAAGGAACCAACUGCUUGGUUUGAUGUCCUUGAAGAGGAUGAAAAGGACGUGCUUCAAUCGGCUGUUGCUGUUAAUGUCAAUCAAGUUGUAGUGAGUUAUUUGAGUGAUGUGAAGUAUGUUCUGCAAUUGAGAGACUUGAAAACAGGGUCCCUUCUACACCGUUUACCAAUUGACAUAGGCACAGUUUCCGAGAUUCGUGCAAGGCGUGAAGACAGCACGGUUUUUAUUGGGUUUUCUAGCUUCCUUACCCCAGGGAUUAUAUAUCAAUGCAACUUGGACACUGGUGUUCCAGAUAUGAAGAUAUUUCGAGAAAUUGUUGUUCCUGGAUUUGAUCGUACAGCAUUCGAUGUUAAUCAGGUUUUUUUUACUAGUAAAGAUGGAACCAAGAUACCGAUGUUCAUAGUGGCUACAAAGAAUAUUCCUCUGGAUGGAUCGCAUCCUUGUUUGUUAUAUGCAUAUGGUGGAUUUAACAUUAGUAUUACACCAUAUUUCAGUGUCAGUCGUAUUGUGCUCACAAAACAUUUUGGUGUUAUUUUCUGCUUAGCAAACAUUCGUGGCGGUGGAGAGUAUGGAGAAGGAUGGCAUAAGGCUGGUUCCCUUGCAAACAAGCAGAACUGCUUUGAUGACUUCAUUUCUGCGGCUGAAUACCUUGUAUCUUCUCGUUAUACUCAACCCAAAAAAUUGUGUAUUGAAGGUGGAAGCAACGGUGGGCUUCUUAUUGGGGCUUGCAUUAAUCAGAGGCCUGAUCUUUUUGGUUGUGCUCUUGCUCAUGUUGGUGUUAUGGAUAUGCUUAGAUUUCACAAAUUCACUAUAGGUCAUAGAUGGACAUGUGACUUUGGCUGCUCAGAGGAGGAGGAAGAGUUCCAUUGGCUUAUCAAGUACUCGCCACUGCAUAAUGUUAGGAGGCCAUGGGAACAAUCCUCUGAUCAGUUUUCUCAGUACCCGGCUACCAUGUUACUGACAGCUGAUCAUGAUGAUCGGGUUGUGCCAUUACACUCGUUAAAGUUAUUAGCGACCAUGCAAUAUGUUUUGUGCACAAGCUUGGAAAAGAGCCCACAGAAAAACCCAAUCGUUGGCCGCAUUGAGUGCAAGGCUGGACAUGGAGCGGGACGUCCAACUCAAAAAAUGAUUGAUGAAGCUGCAGACCGAUUUAGCUUCAUGGCUAAGGUGUUGGGUGCAUCUUGGAUUGACUGAUUAGCUGAUGAUGUUUAUACAAUUAUUGUAUCAUAUUUUCCUCAUGGUGAGAAUUUUUUAUGUUUAAUAAAUUUGGUGGAAGAUAUGUUUAAUAAUUUUGGUGGAAGAUCCAUAGAAUUGCUCACAGUUAAGAAUGACAACUUGUGGUUGUGAUUUUGUUUUGUAAAUAAUUUGAAAAUCCUUUGAAAGAAGCUACUAUUAUUUGAUGGUUGUA